ACUCUUCUCCUUCCCUUGCACAUCCACGCCCACCUCCGUCACAACACCCUCUCCUCCUCCCUCCGCACCACCCAACUCAUACCUCGUCGUUGUCACUGCUUCUUGUGCCAAGUCGACGUGCCGCUGCGCCUCCCUCAUCCCUUGCAGCAACACAUUCGACUCGCCACUCAUAGAGGCGCUUGCACGUUUCCUCCGUCAGCCAAGGAGCACUCAUUACCCUCACGUUACUCUGCGCGGUGGAAGAACAACCCCGGGCGCCCAUACGUGAUCUCGCAGUCCGCAACAUCCUUCGGAGUUACGCUACCGCUGCUUCACCGCUGCGGUUCGCUGCGUUUGUCAGUCCGCCUGCAGUACGACCACCGCCUGGCACAGCAGCAAUGCGUCGCCAAACACCCAUUGCUCACGUCCUCUACGCCUACCUCUUCCCACACCCGACUCAAAACGACCCACCAUCCUUCUCAGCCCACCUGGCCCGUAACCUGGUGCCAGAAGUCCGAAUCGAAGUAGCCACCUUCUACGGCGACCUCAACAGUGUCGAAGCUCGCUAUCCAGGACUGAACUACUGCCACUCGCCUCACCGCAUGCGACUAAGCCGCUUUAAGCACCAUAAACGCUUGUUCGAUGCCUUCGAUAAACUUGGCCUUACUUACAAUGAGAUUCAGGAGUUUUGCUGCUGGGAAGGGACCAAGUGGGCGAGAGAGCGGUAUGAGAAGGACGAGGGUACGAUAGUGAAGGAUACUACAGGCGACGAGAUCGGGCCAUACGUCGACCGGAGAGAGCUGAGGGCCGCAGAGCGUGAGUUGAGGAGGAAGAGUAUCACAAGGCAGACAGAGAUUGAAGUUAUCGUGGAAGAGGCAGAUGGCGCUCUGAGCAGUCAUCCGGCUGAGGCGGACGACGAAGAAGAUGAGGAGAUGAGCGACGCAGACGACGGUGCUGACGUCGAAGGUGCAGACAGCGAGACUGUGCAUGAGCCGCCUGUCGAAGCUGCGGCACGAGAGGAACACGUUGCAGAGCUCAACCGACGCCGCGAUCAAGCCAUCACACAACGUAUCAUCAGCGCCUGGCAAGACGGCCUGUCCUUACCACCCGAAAUCGAGCAGUAUCUCAAAGAGCAGCAAGAGCGCGGUCACGAUCUUCGCUCGACGGUCAACCUGCGUGAUUUGAUGAAUCAGUCCAACGCCAGGCAUGGCUAUGCUCUGCUGCCCGCACCAGGAAAUGCACCUGCCGCCGCCUCUGCUGCUGCUGUCGGCACCAGAGCGGCCGCUUAGCGCGUUGACUCAGCUCAUUUUGCCUCGCCGGACAAUAAUUGUAUUUCUGCGACCACUCAGAUCGGUGCUCUUCGGUCCAACCCAAGCAUGGAAGCGAAUAUCAUCUCUCAAGACCAUCAGCAAGCGUACAAAAGAUCGAGUAGCAUUUACGGGUUCUUUCGGCUGAUGUUGUACGGAUUAGCAUGGAGUAAAGGUCAAUCGGAGUGCGCUGAUAACCAGUACCUAUCAUUCAUCUAUUCAGCGA